ACCCAGUAACACAUUUGAAGUGUGGCCGCUAAGAACAGCCGAAGCAGAGAUGGCAGUGACGGGGGCUGAAGAUAUGCCACGGCAGUUCCCAAAGAUUGUUCUGAGUGAUGUGGAUGAGGAAGUUCGUCUGCUGGCGGAGAAGGUGUAUGCAUCGGCACUGAAGGAAGAGGACACAAAAGAUGCCCUGUCCAUGUACACUGUCCCUGAGGACUGUCCCAUAGGCUUGCAGGAAGCCAAACAGAGGGAGCUACUCAGAGAACUGGCUGAGCAACAGUCAGAGGAAAGUGCCAAACGGUCAGCAUCAGUCUUCAGUGUAGAUUACUAUUAGUAGCUUUGCCCUGCUUGAAACACCAGGCUGUACCAGACUAUGGUGGACAAACUGGUCUUUGGAACAUGAUAGCUGUUUAGCUGCUGGCCCAAAGUGGCUUGAUCAAUACGGUCUUCAUGACUGAAACCAGGUCCAUCAACUGAUCAACCAUGUAGACCAAGGGUUUCCAAUCCUGCUUCUGGAGAGUC